UUUGGUACCCAAGACUGGCUUCGUCACAUUGGCUUUGUCAGCUCUGGCUUCGCCAUCUAGCGCUUCCGGACUAAGUGAUUGGCAGCUCUCUUCUCCAAUGAUGCGUGAACAAUAACAAGGAAGGAGGUUUUUCGUAACCGGCUGGACAGUACACACGGAGCCUACUCGAACACAGUGCAAGAAUAAGCUACACAAUGUGAGCCAGCGCGCCCAUUGAUGGUUGACACAGUUUCCUCCACCUCCUCCGCCACAACUGCCCACGUGAGCCACCACUGUUGUGGGCGGAGGGAUUCAAGCAGGCAGAAAUUGAUUGUUGGGUAUUUUUGAGUUCCCUCUAUAUUUGUCAGCUUUUGUCAGAGUCGACAAGAAGACACAGGCCUCUCCAGAGCAAAAGCAAAGCAUGCAAUAUGCAGUUUAGGCUGGCUGCAUUGAUCGGCACUAUCCAAUCAUCUGUGAAGCAAUGUGUCUUUUCAAAGGCAUUUGACACUAUCGGCUGAUCUGUUGGCUACACCACACAGCGCAGUGCUGACCCCUUCCGUGGUAGCUGUGUGAGGUAAGCCAUGCGGGGCUUUCACUCCAAGCUGGACGGGUCGUCUGCGGGCCUCACGGUGCCGCUGAGCCUGGCAGUGGAGACGGAGAAGGCCCAGGCGCUGCUGCAGACGUUCAGCACGGCGUCCCUGUUGGCCAGCGCUGGACUCGGCCUCUUCUGCCCGCUGGCCGACCACGUGCUUCAGACGCCGUUCGUGCUGCAACAUGUGUGGCUGCGCGCCCUGCUGGACAACGGAGUCCACGGCAUCAUCGGACUCUGGUCCUGGGCCAUCGUCAUCGGCCUGCGGAAGAAGAGUGACCUCUACGAGGUGGCCCUGGCCGGGUUCCUGGCCUCCGUCAUUGACCUGGACCACUUCUACCUGGCCGGAUCGCUGUCACUCAAAGCUGCGCUAAACUUGCCCCACCGGCCGCCGCUGCACUGCUCGACGCUGAUCCCGGCGCUCUGCUUCUCCCUGCGGCUGCUGAUGUGGUUGCUGCGUCUGAAGGACUCGUGGUGCUCGCUGCCCUGGAUGCUCUUCGUGGCGCUGGCCUCGCACCACGUGCGCGACGGCACGCGCCACGGUCUGUGGCUCUGGCCGCUCGGACACACGGCGCCCAUCUCCCACUGGCUCUACGUCAGCAUCACCGCCACGCUGCCCCACCUGUGCUCCGUGCUCAUGUACCUGACCGGCACGCGCGACAUGAUCUCCACCAAACACGGCGUCGCCAUCGACGUCUGACAAGAGGGAAAGGAGUCUUGCACACACACACACACACACACACACACACACACACACACACACACACACAUUCACACAUUCUGAUGUUGGAGUUAGAGUUGGGGGGGGUGGACAGAGCAGGUGAGAAAAUGAUGUGCGAUAAGAAAAAACACACACACACACACACACACACACUGAUGUCGUGUGAGAGUGGGAGUGUGAAGACAGCAGAUGAGAAAAUGAUUGUCAGAUAAGAAACACAAGCAUGUAGACACACACACAGACACAACCCAUCUCCACGAACAUGACGUGUCAGUGGAGUGGGGAUUCACAGAGCAGAAAGGACAGAGAGGCCGAGAUCUCCAAUUGGAGAAGAGGGUUUUGUACAUUAUAGACGCUGUCACACACUCACACACAUGCAUUCACGUGUGCGCUCUCAUGCCCAUAGACUUUAUGGACGAAUGAGACAGCAGCGUACCUGCAUUCAUCUCCAGGGACCGUUACACCUGGCCAACAAUGCCUCCCCCCCCUCCCACCCUCUUCCCUCUCUCUCCAACCUUUCUCUCUUCCCCCCACUCCCUCCCCC